AUGUUCGUGCCCACAUACUUGCUAGCCCUACUAUGUAUGGGCCUGCAAACCUAUGGAUCUUCGGUGCUGAUUGGCCUAGAAGCAAAUUGGACCUCGCCCGAUUUCGCCGUACAGCUUUUGGAGGCUGCAUCUCUCUACAACGACUCACUUUAUUAUCUGGCAGCGACAAUACUCUUCCAAACUACAGACAAUGAGUCUGAAUGGGACGAAGAAUUUGACGAAGGAAGUGUGAUCUAUGAAAGUCUGUCCGAGUGGCCGCUCACUGACCAUCAGUGUUAUGUUAAACUCGUUUCCGGACUUACAGACAUAGACAAAGGGUUUAUUGACCUUAACCUAGCAAAUGAUUUGGCAUCACCCCGUAUUGAGGCGCAUUUCAAUUAUUUCAGGAAUGAAGUUCAGCCUUCUUUGCUUCUGCAGGUGCAAAGAACUUGCCAGAAGGAUUCAUUUGGACUGGCCAUUGCUGAUCCUACCAAAGUAUGGGUACAGUAUGGUUCUAAAAUUUAUUGCUCUGAAGAAGACUUAUAUGCGUUACAAUUGAGCUCGCAUUCAGAAACGCCUCGAGAAUUCGAUCGAGUGAUCGGGCACAACAAAGAGGCGCCUCUCUUGGUAUUGUAUGGCCAACCUAGCUCAAAUAGGUUUGCCGGCAUGUUCAAUACUUUGGCCCAAUUUGCAAAUGCUGGAAAUCUUCGCUUUGUUUGGAGAUAUCUCCCAGAAUCAGAAACGAAGAUCCCACUUCAUGGGUUCGGAGUCAAACUCAAUGUAAAAGAGAACGCGGGGGCUGAAACCAAGAAAUUGGGAAAGGUUUCUAAUUUCAAAUCUUUUCUUGAAAAAAAUAAAAACGCUCCGAUAAGAGAACUAUCAAAUGAUGAGUUCCUUGAUGUUUCUAUUAAAGCAACUGCUUUGACACUCAAAACUAGUGCUGGCGACCAAUUGAGUGUGAUAGCAAAAUUCAUCAACAAAUUGCCAAUAUAUGCUCUGAAUUUAGCCCGCUCCACCUUGGGAUUUUCGACUGACGACGUGAAAAACUCAGCAGCUCGCAACGAGAACAUAGGAGCCUCCAGCGACUUGGUAGGAAUUUCAAUUAAUGGUGCUACUAUUCAUCGCUUGGAAACGGACUUGCCAUUUAUUAUUAAGAAAUUACAAGCCGAAGUCGGUUUAGUAAAGGAUAUGGUGAGCUUGGGUUUCUCCGCCAUUCAAGCAAAGUUUCUCUUUUCUAAAUUCGCUCUCUGGAGUGCAAUCAAGGAGCAUGACUACAGAACGGGUUCUAAAUUCAACAGGUUUGCUGUUUACAAGGAAUUAUAUAACCCGAUGGAUGCUUCUUCUGGAGGAGUUGUAUUUUUCAACGACAUUGAGAAGGAUUCAACCUUCGAUCUAUUCUCAUCGAACACAUACGAGGUUUACAUCGAGAAAGCAAAUCAAAUCAAGCAGGGACAGGUGCCGCCCUUGAAGCAAAAUGUUCACGAUUUGAUUUUUGUUGUUAACUUCUCGGACAGAGAUCAAUUACGAGUUUUUUUCGCUAUGUCUAAAAUUAUCCUUGAUAAAGGGAUUCCGCAGCAGAUUGGAAUUCUCCCUCUUUCAACCACGAAGAAGGAUGAAAAGAUCGCAACUUUGUUUUACCAUCUUUUAGAAGUUGGGGAGUUAGAGGAAGCCAUGGCUUUGUUGUACAAAUUUCUCAAUUCUUCUGAGGAAAAUGAAGGAGAAUAUCUUGAUCUCGUUAAACUACAGGAAGAAGAUUCUGAAAAAUAUGAAAAUUAUAAGACCACACUUCAGAAAUUUGAUCUCAGUGAGCCAUCCGUGAUCAUAAACGGAGUCAUUCACAAGUUGCGGUCGUCGAAUUGGCAAACAAAACUCACAGAGCAAAUUUCCAGUGAUGUCAAGUAUCUUAAAGCCCAAAUCAAUUCUCAUCUCCAUGAGAACUUGCAGCUCAAAGAUGUUUUGCAUGCCUCUUCAAGAGGUUCUAGGAAUAGCAAGGUCGUUCCCGAAACACCUGCUAAUUUGCGCUACAAAAAAUUAAGCCUCAAUUUGCUACAAAAUUCUUACAGCUUACAGACGACUAAUUCGAAAAAUAGAUUUGGUCCAACGUUUUGGCUCAUUGGAGACUUCGACUCGGAACGGAUCUUGAGUCAGUUCAAGGCCAUUCUCAAAUUUGCUAAAACUAAGGCAAACUUGCCGCUACAAAUCCGGAUAUUUCAUACUGGUCUGAGCAAUCAAUUUGUGGAGGAUACUCUAGGAAACUUUAUCGGCACAUCUCUCGAAAAUUCCCACAUUGAUCAAAUCUUAGAGCUCAUAGGCGAUUUCCGAAUUCAAACAAUUCUGCAACCCGAUGAGGCCAAAUUAAAAAUCCUUAGAGAUAACAGGAUUCAGCUGCAUCACCCAGCGCUUUUGCUCAAUUCCCGGUACCACAAGCUUGACCGCGUUUUCCUGGAAGAAGACUUGGCCCUUUUGGUUGAGUAUGAGUACAACCAGAGGCUUGAAUUUUUAGAACAGAUGGCCACAAGACAUCCAGAUCGAUUUGAAGGUGCUCUUGAAGAAAUUGUGGGAAAUGAUAUCGAUCAUUUGACAUGGUUCGAUAUGGCCACUUCUGUUCUCUCAGCCUCAAUCUUUUUGGAAGAUUCGAAAGUUCGCAGUGAUUUCGGGAGAUUUGAUUUCAGCUCGCUUAACUUCGACAAUCUGAUUGACUUGACCGGCUAUGAUGUUGCAAAGCCGGCGGACAUCUUAAUUGUUAUCGAUCCUUUGGAUGUGUUGUCGCAGAAGCUCAUAUCCGUGGCAACAGCUUUGAAAGAUCUUCCAUUCGUGAAUAUGCUUGUGCUUUUGCAGCCCCUUUCCACAGUUCCAAAGGAAGUCAAUACAAAUUGCUUGUACGUCUCCAACUUCGUUGGUUCAAAGCCCGUGUUUGACAUUGAAGGGACCCUUGUCCGAAGCCAACAUCGUAACUUCCAUUACGACCAUCAUACUACUAUCUCAGUACAGCUCGACACCCCGCAAAACUGGGUUGUAACCAAAAGCUCAGGCUCAGACACAUAUGAUGUUGAAAACUUGACCGUUGAUGGUAGUGUUGUAGUGAAGUUCGAGCUCGUGAAGCUAGUCGUUGAAACGGAAGUGAAAGACGUAUCGAGUGCCAGACCACUCACUGGCUUAGCACUCGAGGCAGUCCAAUUUGAUACUCAUCAUGAGGGCAUAACAGUUCAACCCGGUGGGUACUGUCAGCUCUCAUUGGAGCCAGGUACUUGGGAAUAUCGCAUUAAAACAAGCAAUUCAAAGGGCACAUCAUUCAAUUUGUUGUCAGUCAGUGAAAACCCGUAUGAGAUAAAUGAUGCUGCUCUCGAGCAUGUGCCUCUUCUGGUCUUUUCGCUCUUUGAGAAAUCAGUACAUGCAAGAAUCAAAAUGAAUUCAGAUAGCGCCAAAUCGGCUACAUCAAAAUCCAAGCUGCCUGCCAAAAAACCUCAGUCUACUUUGAACGUGUUUUGUGUCGCAAAUGGUCACACCCAAGAGGAAUUUUUAGCAUCACUCAUAAUAUCGAUAACUCAAAAUUCAAGUCAGAAUGUCAAAAUAUGGCUAAUUGAAACCUUUCUCAGCAAAAGGAUUCUAUCUCAAUUGCCUAGUUUGUCGGAGAAGUUUAAGUUUGAUUAUGAACUCAUCUCGUAUCAAUGGCCACUCUGGCUUAGGAAACAGAGGGAAACCUCCCGGCAGCUUUUGGGGUAUAAAGCCUUGUUUCUUGAUAUGUUGUUCCCUGAAGAUCUUGAAAAACUUAUUGUCAUCGAUGCAGACCUGAUCGUCACCUCUGAUUUAGCUGAACUAACUAAGAUAGAUUUGAAUGGCGCAACCUAUGGGUUUGUACCAAUUUGCGAGGACAAACCAGUCUCGCAGAAAUUCUGGCAUGACGGGUACUGGAAGAAGGUCUUGGCAGAUGAUUUAUCGUAUUACAGUAGUUCGUUGUUCGUGGUGGACCUUACGAAAUUCAGAUCAGUUGGAGCAGGAAAUCUCAUUCGCAGGCAAUAUCAAAAGCUAUCCUCUGAUCUGCAAUCUCUUACAAUUCUUGACGAGAAUCUAUUCAACAAUUUACAAAGAGUACUUCCUAUUUACUCUUUACCACGUGAGUGGUCUUGGAAUCCCAUUUGGUGUAGCGGUGAUGACAAAAUCGGCGCCAGAGUAUUACAUUUCAACAUUCAUGAUUUAAAUGAUCUAGCAGCGUUCAAGUAUGCAAAAAGUAUUGCACCCGCGUGGAAACCAUCAUUAGGGUUCUCGCAUAGUCCUUCCAAAUCACCAAAGGUCGUACAUGACGAAUUCUAA